UACCGCUGGAAGCAUUGGAGGCGGGGCGUUUGUGCGUAACUUCCGUUGUAGUGUAAUCACAGGCGCGCCACAGGGCGACGGCAUUCCUCCAACCAAAUAAGUGAAAGUCUCUUACUUUGGUAUGGAUGAAGCAGGAUCGUCAAAAGAACAAUCAAACCGGGAUUCGAUUGCUCUUGCGGAAACGAGAGGUGGAGGUUAUGACAGCUAUCUUGACUUUGAACUGCCUUACACUCCGGAAGAGCAUGCGGCAAUCACCUUCAAGUACAUUUCCAGUGCGAACAGGAAGCAUCUGGACUUGACUUUCGAAUCAAACGGGAAAAUAAUUGCUCAAACAAACCGUCUUUUGGUAGCGGCUUUCAGUCCAAGAUUAGAGCAUGCUUUGCUUAAAGCUCCAACUGGUGCGGCAACGUUGGAGUUUGAUACUUCUGCUACUGGUAUCGAUGAAGAUACACUAGGAAAAUUGGUAGACUAUUUGCAUACGGGUACUUGCCGGUCGUCUCCACAAAUGCUACAUGCUGCUGAUUUUCUUGGUUGCGCUGCAUUGAAGGAGUUGCUGGAUGCGACCAGCGAGAGCGACCUAGAGGUACAUGACGAUUGGCAUGAGAUUCGAUUCUUGGAGCAGCUCGCUAGAUUCAGGAAGGAGUCAAAAUUUCUCGACUGUAAUAUAAUAUCAGGUCGCCUUGGUGUCAUUCGCUGUCAUCGUCUUUUGAUGUGUGCUCAUAGCAGGCACAUGGAGGCCGCUUUAAGUAGCAGUCUCAGCAGCAGUACAGUCACUAUUAGGAUUGAUUCUCGGAAUGUGCAUAUUUCCACAGAAAACCUGAAGACAAUGGUGGAUUUUGCCUAUACUGGAGUGCUCGAUAUUGGAAGAAGACGAUUGAGAAUGCUUCGAGUCUCCGCUUUUGAUCUGGGCAUGGAUCACCUCGUUGAACUUAUAGACCACAAGGUUGGUCAGGUCGCAUGCGAGGAGCAGGAUGUGCCCCGUCGCGAGGAGUAUGAUAUGAACUUUGCAAGUCCUGCUGGUGAGGAGGUUGCAGAACGAGUUACUGAACAAGAGUUCAUCCGCAGUUUUUCGCUCGAUUCCUCCGAUAAAGAUCAGGAACUUUCUAUGCUUGAUGGCGCCUCAGCUGAAGAAAUCACUGCACAAGCAGCUGAUGAUUACGACUCAAUAUACGAGGAGUUUGUAAUGGGUCCCAGGCGUGGGCGAAGGACUAUCGCAAGAAUGACUCGCAACAAAUACCAGCCUCUUGUCGUACGAGGUGCUACAACGAUCUCCCUGCCUGAUGAUGAGCACCACGUUAGUGUGCCAGCUAUCACAAUGUCGUUUCUCCAAGAGAAUGAACGAAAGACAAGUGCUGUAGAUAGUUUUGGUUACGGUUUGCCAGAAAUCGUAGGAACAAGCGAUGUCACGGUUCCGCUAGUUGUUGGAAAUCAGAGAGCCAUGAUGGAAAAGCCAUUCAAAUGUCCCUAUUGCGAGCACCGAUCAAAAGAGAAAAGUGGGCUUGAGAAGCAUGUCAGGUCCAUACAUACACUGGAAGCUCCUUAUAAAUGUAAAUAUUGCAACCAGUCUUUCAAAGUGCAAAGCAACAUGGUUCGACAUAUACGAGCGCAUACUGGCGAGAAACCUUACGCAUGCAAAAAAUGUGGCGUAAGCUAUGCAGAUAAAAAGAACAUGGAUGCACACGUGUUUCGAGAGCACCUCCGGAUGCGAGAGCUGGAAUGCACUGCGCCAGGAUGUUCAGCUCGGUUUUGGCGCCAUGAUCGUUUUGCCUUACAUUGUCUAAAGAGACAUGUCAGCUCGGUUGCGCUUUCAUUCUGUAUGAAUACAUUGUACCUCUUGAUUCAUCCGGAUUGGCGGCUGGAAAGCGUGGCUUCGACGCUUAAUCAAGGCUAG